GAUUGGAUGGAUUAAUCAAUCGAUGGGAUUAGUAAGCGAUAAUUAAUUUUUUGGAUCCCCUUCUCUUCUGCUCGGUUUUGGUUGGAUUGGAUUGAAGGGCGAUCUUUCACUUAUACACACACUUUCACAGCAAAUAUGACGGCUAGUAGUAGAGGAUGCAGUAGAACUGCUUCGAGAUUAUUAUGUAUGUGUUUGUUUCUUUUGUUGUGUUUGUUGUUUGUGUCAAUUGAGCGGAGGGGGAGGAGAAAAGAGGGGAUUGAGGAUGGAUUGCGCAUCUUCGUUGGUAUUUUUGAGGAGUGCUGUCAAUGAUUAAAUGUCUCGUUCAAAGUCUUGCCUAGAGCGCAGCGAAAAAGCCUCCACGGCAGUGGCCCCCAGAGGGCCAGCGGAGCGUCAUGUUUGGUUUUGAUGCGGCAUUGGGUAAAUGGCGAGUCGAGAAGAUUUACUGGGUCCAAGACUUGCUGCUUCCAAGUUCGAAAGCUCAAUAGCUUGCAAGCUUAAACAAUAUAAAAAUUUAUACUAAUACAUUACAACAUAGAUUCAUCAAGACCAACAAUUACUCCUCGAAUUCAUCUCAAUACCCCAUGUAUACAAAAACUCCCCACCUCAAGAACCUACGCUGUCGCAGCUGCAACUCUCAAACCUCUCGAUGGACCAUCAUCUCAUCUUCCACAUAUCAAUUCUAUUCCUCCUAUAACACCAUCUCCAGGAGCAAUAACCUAUAAAAUUUCCACCGGAAUAAUCCUAAGUCGACCACCUCUUCUCACUAGAUCCGCAACACCUUUCGAAAAAGCAUUUUACCUAUAUCAAAAACGUUUAAAUGAAAGAUUGGUAUUACCAUUUACUCGAUACUUUUAUCAUAAAAGAGAUCAACCAGCAGAUAUAGAAUGGAAAGCGAAAGUUAAAGAAAGGAAUGGAGUUGCUGCAAGGGAUAUUGGUGGAUACAAAGCUUAUGGAGAUGAAGGAUGGAAUGAUGAAGUCAUUAUUGGAGGAGAGGAUAGUAAAGUUGGGGAAUGGGAGAAUAUUGCUGGAAAACUUGUUGAAGAGGGGAUGGGAGAGGAAGGAGAAAGAGUUAAACUUGAGAAGAGGGAUGGUGUAGAGGAUAAGAAGAGUUUGGCAAGGAAAUUGGAGGAAACGGUUUACUUGGUUGUUAAGGGAAAAGGGAAGCGUACGGAUAAGGAGGGAAAGGAAAUUGAAGUUGAUGUUUGGGAAUUUCCUAAGGGUGAUAUGGUGGGAAAUGAGGUUUUGCAUACGGUUCGUUUGUUUGUUUCUAUAGUUUGCGUCGCCUUUUCACUGACACAUCAUCAACAGGCAGCUCAACGUAUCCUCACCGAAACCGCCGGUAAAAAUAUGAAUACAUGGAUAGUAGGUCACGUACCAAUUGGUAGUCUCACAAUCAAACCUUCGCAAAAAUUCAAUAGAGAAGCAGAAAAAGUAUUCUAUAUUAAAGGAAGAAUUAUGGCAGGUCAAGCUGAUUUAAAGGGGAAUGCUUAUGGAGCUCAAGAUUUUAUGUGGUUGACUAGAAAUGAGAUUGAGGGAUUAGUUACGAGAAGAUUUUGGAGUCAAGUUUGUGGGAUGUUGGGAGGUAGGUAGGAAGGAGGUUGUUUGUCUGGUAGAUGGAAGAAUUACUUAGUUGGUGUAUGAGGAAGGGAAGGAAUAAAGGAUAGGAAGGAAGAUGAAUAUACAUAUUCAUGAGUGAUUAUAAAGAGAUGUGGCAUGGAAUUAUGUAUAGAUAUUCAUAUUCAUGUACUCGUAUGUAGGAAAGAUGCAUGAAUAUAAAUUACAUUGUAGAAUAGGAUAGAAAGGUACUUAGCUAAGUAAGUAAGUAACUAUCAAGAAGAAUCAGGGAAAUCAAUGAAAGGGAAAUAUGUAUUGUUUUGGGUUUCCGUGUUAGAUGGAAAUGGAAAUGGAAUGUAUGAUGGAAUAGGUAGGUAUAUUCAAAUGUAGCUAUGUAUGUAUGAUAGUUAGUUGGGUCGUUGAAUAAUGAAGCGCGGGGUUCAUGA